CAGGUCUCGGGCCCUCAGGCGGAGCGGCGGGCGCCGGACCCCCAGAUGGAGCGGUCUCAGGGCUCGGGCCCUCAGGCGGAGCCCCAGAUGGAGCGACAGGUCUCGGGCCCCAGACGAAAGCGGCGGGCACCGAGUCACCAGGCACGACAGUGGGCACCGAGUCAACUGGCGGAACAGCGGGCAUCGAGUCAACUGGCGGAACUGCGGGCACCGAGUCGUCUGGCAAGACUGCGGGCACCGAGUCGUCUGGCAAGACUGCGGGCACCGAGUCGUCUGGCAAGACUGCGGGCACCGAGUCGUCUGGCAAGACUGCGGGCACCGAGUCGUCUGGCAAGACUGCGGGCACCGAGUCAACUGGCGGAACAGCGGGCAUCGAGUCAACUGGCAAGACUGCGGGCACCGAGUCGUCUGGCAAGACUGCGGGCACCGAGUCGACUGGCGGAACAGCGGGCACCGAGUCGUCUGGCAAGACUGCGGGCACCGAGCCAUCAGGUAUCGGAUUGUCUGGCUCGACAGCGGGCAUCGGGUCACCAGGCAUCAGGUCAUUUGGCUUGCCAGCGGGCACCGCGUCAUCUGGCAAGGCAGUGGGCACCGGGUCACCAGGUA